AGAACUAAAGCUUGGAUCGUCCAGGAUCAUCUAGUCAAGUAGUCUCUCUGACAAAACAGUUCCGUUUCAACCGGAAGUGGGUUCCAACACCACGCUUAGCCGGAAGUUAGCAGGCGCCGUCCUUCCUGUGCACAUAGCCUAUUUAACCCUGGUUCAGCGCCAUUGGAAGGACGUUAUUUUUAUCGUUGCAGCGGAGACGGUAUCUUUUGGACGACAUACAGAAAUUAUGGAGAUGCCAGAAAGUACAAAAAGGAGGACAAUAUUGGCAAAAGUGGGGGAACAUUUGCUUAUGCUCGAAAAGGAGCAUUUAAGCACGUUGCCUUUUGCAAUUAUUGACUUUAUAAAUGGGGGAUUGGCAGUGAUUCCAACCAAAUGGUUUACUGGGCCUGAGGAGGAUGAAUGCUACUGGCCACCAGCAAGAGUUAACAUUGCAAAGGCGGUCAUAGAACAACAGGACCCCCACCCUGACUGGGCAACAUACAAGUUGUCUGUCAAGAGAAAAGCAGCAACGUACGAGAUGGCCCAAAUAAAAUUGUUUGAGUUUGAACAGAACAUGGAUGUUCCGACAGGAUCUGAUUCUGCGGAGAACAUGGGAAGGGGGAAGCGCAAAAAGAGGUCUAGGAGAGAGAUUUUGUCCAGUGAGGAUGAAGAUGAUGAUAACCCUUUACCUCCACUACCUCCAUCCAUCCUCAGGUCUACACCUCCUCUGCCUCCAGCCCCCCUCAGGUCAACCACGUCACCACCCGAAACCCCGCAAAUGCAAAUAAGGGACAGUAUGUUGUUUGUUCGCAUCCUGACACUCCUUGAGGAACUCAAAGAAACCUUACAAGUUCAUGGACGGAUGCUACAAACCCUGACGCAGCGUGGCAACAGUGGCGACACCCUUUCUUUCGUCCCAGAGGGUUUCCCCCUAAAGACAGUUGGGGAGGUCGAAGUGAUGGAGGAAAAACUGUCUGACCCAAGCUUCAUGUCUGAACUGGUCACAGCAGUGGCAGACAUUGGAGGGAGCACCGUGGAUGAGGCCACAAGACGCAUGAUGGUCUUCAUCAUGGACCACGACCUGUCAAGACAAUAUAACUUUGUGGGCCGGAAUGGAAAGCGGGAAUUCAGGACUUUAAAGCUGUUUGAAGUCAUAUUUGGAGCUUUAAAGAAGAACUCAUUAACCAGCCAGGUCACCAGGAAGGAUGUGGAGAGGGCAGUUUCAAAAUGGCUCAUUGGAUCAAGGGACAGGGGAGGCAAUAGACAGGCCCGACAGGUCCCUCCUUCUCCUACUAGUUCCACUUCUUGUUCAGCGGAAUAAAAUUUGUUGUAUACCUAGUUUCAUAACUGGUUAUAAUGGUUAUUAUCUGUAUCAUAUCGUGUGUGUAUUAUGUAUCUGAUUUAAUCUGUAAAAUACUAUUGUUGCAUUUGUCCUAAUAAAAACAUGAAUAAUG